AACCUCGCGGUUUGAGUUAGCCCUGGGUUAUUCUUUGGUUACUCUUCCUCAACUCGCGCUGUUAAUCAACCGGCAUCCGUGCACGAAAAACUUCCAUCAUGAUCCUCGGACUCUUUCUCUGCUUUGUGCUCGCAGCUUCCGUCCCAUACGCCCUAGCCGGUGAAAAAUCUGAAGAAAAAGAUGUGGCUUUGGCGAUGAUGUUUAUGAAGGUCUGCUCAAGUGAAACAGACGAAAUUGUGGAGAAAGCUAUGGAGGUAGACCAGGUCCAGAAAGAAAUAAUAGAUUUGAUACCCAAACCUUGUUGGACAGGCCUUGAAGACUUUUCUGCAAAAGAAUUGAAGAAUUAUUACUAUAGACAAGAAGGGGAAACCGCAAGAGAGUGCCAUAAAUGUAUUGAAAAUGCGGUGCAAAAUGCCGACAAUAAAGCAGAAAUUGAGGAAGCAAUGAGGGCACCAAUGGGAUGCAUCAUGGAGCAUGGCCCCCCUGAAUACGUAACGGCCGUGGCAAUCGCUGAAACUCAUGGCAACAAAGGGGGCGCCACUGACUACCCCUGUUUUUGUUUCCACUUGGCGUGAUUGUGAGCGUUGGCGCUUUGGCAUCAGUGAAUACGUGAUUUCUCGACUUAUUGUCGGGCGUACGUCAUUUGACGAAAAUUUCAAUUUCAAAAAAAGGAAUGAAGAGAAAAAGUGCUGAAUAAACAUUGUAUUACAAAA